CCCCCAGAGUUCCGCGCGGUGCUGGGUAGACAGUGUCAUGGCGGCGCCCGCUAGCAUUGUGGAAGGGUUUGAGAGGAGCUUGCGAGAGUGUCUGUCUCCUUUUGGUUUCGAAGUUCAACCCUUUAAGGUCGGCUGGUACAAUGCUGUCCUCCAGCCCUCCCUCCACCUGUCUCACCCCGAGGACACACUGGCCGUGCUGGUCCUCAGCGCGCCACAGAUGUUCGAGAAGGCUUUCAAACCCUUCCUGAAGAACCGGGAGUUCAAGAACAUCCGGGACCCCAUCGAUGAGUGUGUGGCGCACUAUGUGAGCAGGGCAGUGUCCCAGAGUUUCCCUGCACAGAAGGUGGAGGUGAGCUACGACUAUGAGAUGUUACCCAACCGCCGGCCCCGCUUCCUGGCCCAGACGGCAGCUCACGCGGCAGGAGCAGCGUAUUAUUAUCAAAGGAAAGACAUCACUGCAGACCCGUGGGGAAACAAGAAGAUGUACGGUGUGUGCAUGCACCCUCGAUACGGAGGCUGGUUUGCGAUCCGCGCUUUGCUGGUGUUCCCUGGGGUGGGGGCCGAGGGGCUGGUGCAGAGGGACCCCCCGGACUGCGUCCCGUCACAGGAGCUGAGGAUCGAGCUGCUGGAGAGAUUCAACCUGCGCUGGCAGGACUGGAGCUAUCGGGACAUUGUGCCAGUGGAGGAGCGCUACUCAGAGGAACAGAAGACAUAUUUCAACACCCCUCCGGCUGACAGGCUCAAACUGCUGCAGGAGAGUGGAGACCUCCAGAUUUGCCCCUCGUAUUGAGACGGGCAUUUAGAUACCUUAGCCUGUCUCAAUGGCCUCCCACCAAGCCUUCAUACAUUGUAGUCUGUAGGCUCUUCUGGUACAGGGCUUUGUGAGGUAUACUGACUUCAUGAAUCGGUCAUGUAAGAGGCAUUGUGUUGCCACUCUAAUUGGGUCAGUGGGACAAAGCUGAUAAAUAUGGUCUCUUUUCCUGCCCUUGUAGGAUUUGCUUUUGAGAAUGUAGAAUAUAUAAUACUGCACUUGAAUCUGCUCUGCAUCUGUUGUGGCUGUGUGCUGUCUAGUGUCAUGCAUGGCUACUCAAUUGGUGUCUCCAGAUGCAUCAGUGCAGUUCAGGUUGCCAGUUUGAUUCACUGAUUUCUACACAGCUUUCUUAAUUCACAAUGGAAGCAGCUGAAGAAGAUAACAGACAGUAUUAGUAUGCUGCUACUGCUAGAAUAUUUUCUGCUGUUUAAAACCCUGACUGAACUCUAUGAACAUGCAUUUGUGGAUGUAUGUGAGAAAGGUCAGUUCAGUACUUUGUAAUGUGGAGGGUAUGGGUGCAGAAUGGAAUGGUACGUAUUUCAGAAUAUUGACAAUAAAGCUAUUAACUGUAAAA